AUGACGCUCCUUCUCGAGGGUAAACAGAAAGAUGAUGAGAUUGCUAUGCUGAAAGAACGACUGAACCAUAACCGGAAACGCGGCGCAGUGGUCAGCUUGGAUCGUUUCUGCGAGAUUUUAGCCCAACCUAGCUCUACUGAAGACGAGCCAGUCGAUAUAGAGCGCCUGUUCCAGCACCCAAACGAAGACUUCAGACGAGCCCUCGUGCACAAGAGUAGGUUCAAUGCAGCCACUCAAGGCCAAGUCCAAUCGUUGCUGCGACAUGAACGGUUACACCGAUGGGUAACGAACCAUCACCCCGACCUGAUUCUCGUCGACGCGAACAUCAGUUCAUCUGGCUUGUCAAAGGUGUCCGCCAUUUCAGUCUUUUGCGCCACCUUGGUCUCUAGCAUGAUCGAAGUCCAUCCUGAUGAGGUGGUGGUCCAAUUUUUCUGUGGAUUACACACCGCUCCCCUGGAUCCCUGGCACGGGCCGAAUGGUCUAGUCCGUUCUAUUGCCAUGCAGCUCUUGAUGAAACUGUUCAAGAUGAAUAUUUUAGACCUGAAUUUCAUCAACAAUCGGGACUACUUGAGAGACCUCGAGGAGCACGACUUGGACGCACUCUGCGACACACUUUACUCGCUCGUGUCUCUCUUCCCGGCGGACACAAGAGUGUACUGCAUCAUCGACUCCAUUUCUUGGUUCGACAAAGACAAGACUUUUGCAGAACUAGCCACUGUGAUGGAAUGGCUAAAAUGCAUGGUUGAGGACCGGUCACUGAUCCCUAUUUUCAAGAUAAUGUUGACAAACCCGAUGAAAAGUAACAGGAGAAUGAAGGAGCUGCCGGUGUUCAAAGAGAACCCGUCUAGACUUGUCACUCUGUCUUCGAGGAACCUGAUACCCAUGGGAAUAUCUAACAGAGCGAUAGAGCGUCAACUUUCCAGAUCCCCGUCUCCGUCACCACUCAUACCCAAGAAGGGUGUGUCUAGAACUGCAAGACAGGAAAAUAAUGACGAUGAUUAUGGUGAUUGGUAG